AUGGAAUCCCAACAUCAAUUCUCGCAUAACGAGGCCGCCGGACCUCUCACCGACGCCCUGCGCGACUUGAUCUCGGCGAACCACAUCCUGGACCACUACGGCGUGGUCGACGCCUACGGCCACAUCUCGAUCCGCCACCCGCUCGAGCCCUCGCAGUACAUCAUGUGCGGCUAUAUGGCGCCCGCGCUGGUGGCGUCGCCGGAGGACCUGAUCUCCUACCACGUGGCCGACUCCAGCACGGUCGAGCAGCACGCGAAGAAGGGCUACUCGGAGCGCUUCAUCCACGGCGAGAUCUACAGGCGGUUCCCGGGCGUCCACUGCGUGAUUCACUCGCACGCCGAAGAAGUCCUGCCCUACGUCGUCAGCAUGGGCGUCAAGCUGCAGGCCGUCUACCACAUGGCCGGGUUCCUAGGCUCCCGGGGCGUGAAGGUGUUCGACAUCGACCCGCUGUACCACGCCGGGGAGCAGCGCGAUAUGCUGGUCAACAACGCGCGCUUCGGCGCCGCCCUGGCCGAGCAGUUCGUCUCCGCUCCCGACAUGCAAAGCCCCGAGGAGGCGGUGGUCCUGAUGCGCCGCCACGGCUUCACCUGCGUCGGGCGCGACCUCGUCACCGCCGUCUACCGCGCCAUCUACACCCGCAUCAACGCCGAGGCCCAGACCAAGGCCAUGGCCGUCGCCAACCACGCCCCGGGCGGGCUGCUCGGGCUCGGGCUCGGGCACGGCGCAGCCACGGGCGACGUCGGCUUCCAGGCACUCACCGACGACCAGAGCCUAGGCUGUGCCACCAUGAACGAGGCCUUUCAGGACAAGCCGUGGAAGCUGUGGGUCCGGGUGGUCGAGAGCUCGCCGUUGUAUCGGAACCGGUUGGUGAAGUAA